AUGUGGAGGUUAUUGUGUGUGACUUUGGCUCUGCUCAAAUGUGUCAAAGGCAAUUCCCUUAUGUUAAACCCUCGUAUUGUGGGUGGUAAUGAUGCAGCUGAAGGUUUGAGGCCAUGGAUGGUCGGUCUGAAUGAAGUCACCGGGGAACAUUUUUGUGGUGGCUCCCUCAUCACCAAUGAAUGGGUGCUGACAGCUGCUCACUGUGUCAAGGGGAUAGACAAGUCCGAUAUGCGUGUGCUCUUGGGAAAGAGGACAAAAAUGCUACAGGUUGAUACUAAACAGAAUCCACAUGCAAUCGAAAGAACUAUCAAAGACAUCUUUCCCCAUCCCGACUAUGACUCCUCUACUUACGAUAAUGACAUCGCUCUACUGCACUUGUCCUCCAAAGUCGAGUUUAAUGACCACAUUAAACCCAUGGUUCUAGCAGCAGAGAACAGUGUCUUCGCUACCAAGACCAAUAGCUUGAUCACAGGCUGGGGAGAUAUCGGAGAAAACACGCCUUUACCACCUGAUGGGAUUCUGCAAGAGACUACUAUUGAAGUGUUGGAGAAUUCAAAGUGUGCCACUCUUUGUACUGGUAUCACAGAAAACAUGAUUUGUGCUGGUUUAAAGGGUGGGAGCAGAGGCCCCUGGAAGGGGGAUUCUGGUGGUCCAAUGAUGAGUGAGCAGUGUUCAAUAUGGGUUCAGUCAGGUGUAACCAGCUGGGCGGAAAAAUGUGCCAAGCCCAAAAGUCCUGCUGUGUACUCUCGUGUGUCCAAGUAUCAGAAAUGGAUCACAGGACAUGUUGGUGAUGGCCUGGUUAAAUUUGUCCCCUUUCCACAAACUCCAUGUCCUCCUGCCAGCCAUGGUUGAUCCAAUGAGGCGACUCUGGGGAUCCUCAUAAACUCACUUGCACACAAGCCUGUCACAUGACAAAGUCUUUUACUGUUUUCGGUGAAAUUGCGCUGGAAAAUCUGCAGUUAGUAACCAGUUUCAUUGCAAACAGCCUAAAACUACUUUAUAUACUGUUUAUUUUCUAUAUGAUUUGCAAAUAUCAAGUACAGCUCUUGGAAAUAUAAGGUCUUGAAAUGAGAGUUUGGGA